GGGAACCUCAAUACCAGAUUUCCAACCUCGACAAGCCGACAAGACUGUGAAGAGGAGGUCAUCGGAAUCACGAACGUUAGCAUUUUGACGCUUCACUUCCUGUAAACACCUUCCCUCGUGCACCUCUCACCUCGAUAUGUCGACCGGUGCAAAGCAAUACAAAGCUAUCGGAGAUGACGUAUGGAAGCGUACCGAUAAGGUUAAUGCGGAAUUGUUCACUUUGACAUAUGGAGCUCUCGUUGUUCAACUCAUCAAAGAUUAUGAAGACUACGCGGAGGUGAACAAACAACUGGAUAAGAUGGGAUAUAACAUAGGUACUCGGUUGAUAGAGGAUUUCCUAGCACGAACAGGUUUAGGAAGAUGCGCUACGUUCGCAGAGACCGCAGAGGUCAUUUCGAAGGUUGCAUUCAGAACAUUCCUCAAUAUUUCUCCUGCUGUUUCUUUCCCUCCGCCUACUCAGAACCCAACCUCAAACCUCCCGCCGCCUACCGAGUUCAUACUGACAUUCGACGAGAACCCCUUGGCGGAAUUCGCAGAGCUUCCGCGGGAUGCGAAAGAGGGAGGACUUUGGUUUUCUAAUGUUCUCGGUGGUGUCAUACGUGGAGCUCUGGAGAUGAUACAACUUCAAGUCGAGACGGAAUUUCUUAGCGAUGUUCUUCGGGGUGACGAAAGCACCGAACUUCUUGUUCGUCUCGUACGGGUCUUAGACGAGGAGCAACCUGAGAAUGAUGAGUGAUACAUGAUCAGUGAACAUAACGAAUGAUGAAUCUAAUGCAUCGUAG